GCCGAAUUAAACGUAACAAAAUUAUUUGUAAUUCACAACUCUCGAAAGAAACAAGCGCUUCCAAGCUAAAUCUAUAAAAAUGUUCAAAAUCUGUUGCUUCCUAGCUUUAUUGACUUUUGUGCUGAGCGCACCAGUAGAUGAACACGAUCACGAGGUGGUGCCUGUGCAACAUAAACCCCUUGUGGAUAUUGUUGAGCAGAGUUCGGCACAUAAGCCUGACGGUUCCUAUAGCUUCCAUUUCCGUGGUGAAGAUGGCAGUUUUCGCGAGGAAAACGCCGUUGUGAUCAAUCCUGGUACUGAGGAUGCUUAUUUGGAAAUAACAGGCUCCUAUUCGUUCUUCGAUUCCGAUGGCAAGGAAGUAGUUGUCCACUACAAAGCUGAUAAUCACGGUUUUGUGCCUGAAGGUGGCAAUAUACCAGAGGAAAUUUCAGUAGCAGCAAAACAAAACAGUGAAAUUGUGCCGCAUGAAUUCGAAACGAAAAAAGAAUAAAAUAAAGUAUUAAUUGUGCAAUAAAUCAAAAGAAAUUGUCGAUUGAACGAAAAACUCUUGAAAUUUUAAAAUUUGUAAUAA